AUGUGCAAAGCCAUAGCUGUGAAUUGGCGGAUUCCGUUUGCACGACCCUGCAAAGCCACAAUACCGAAAAUGAGUGCAGUCCGCGGAAGUAAACACAAUGCUGUGUUGUAUUCACAGCUAAAUGAUUUUCAACAACAUUUUGGCAAGAAACUUGCAUUUACUGCCGAAAUAAAGCAGGGAGAUAAAGUUCUAGACAUGGGAUGUGGAACAGGCGAAGUCACCGCUUCUGUUGCCGAGUUGGUCGGUAAACAAACUCAAGUGGUUGGCGUAGAUCCCGACAUAGAGAGAAUCAAAGUUGCCGUGCAACAGCAAUCUGGUAUUCACGAAAAUAUUACAUUUGUACAUGGAGAUAGUUCGAGUAAAUUUCCCCAUUUCAACGAACAAUAUUACGACGUGCACUUUAGCAACUUUGUCCUUCAAUGGUUAAAUGAUCGAGAAAAGGAAAAAUUCAUCGACAUCGCGUUUAAAACCUUAAAACCUGGAGGAAAGAUAGCCAUUGUAAGCUACGAAGAAGACCCGGUAAUUGUCAGGGAGGCUGGUAAGAUAGUUCUUGAAGAUAUCGACAAUACAAAAGAAAAGGUGCAACCUUAUUUUGUCAAGAAAUCGGUGAUCGAAACUCUUCUUAGAAGAGCAGGUUUUGGCAUACUUCACAGUAAGUAUUUUCAUAAUCCCUACACAUUUGCCACCGCAGAAGAUUUCCUAGCUUUUGUUUAUUGCUCAGAUUAUUUUGAUGACACAAAAAUAUCUCAAAGCAGGAAAAACGAUUGGGUAAAGACGUUUGUUAACAAAAAUGGAACGGUCACUCUUCUCGAUCCAACAAUUUACCAGAUCAUUGGAAAAAAGCUGGACUGA